AUGCAAGAAUCGGGACAACAACAGCAAGCGGUAGAAAGUACAACUACCACUCCAAGAUCAAAAAAGCCCAAGAAAAACAAACCAACAAAUUUAAUAUUGACACCAACAAUAGAGGAAAACUCAGCAAUUUCUAUAGAAGUUAUAAAGAAGGCGGAAGAAACCUACGUGGAUGAAGCUGUGAAAAUAAAUGAUGGACGCUUUCGAUUCGGAGACCAAAUUGAAAUUGGUCAAGAUGGAAUUUAUUCCAUGAUGACGCAAGAAACAUUUGAAACAGAAUCCAGUAUGCUCGAAGUUCCAGAUAAUUCCUCCAUUACAACUGUAAAUUCACCAAGUACAGCAUCCACUUUUUAUUUAAAUCCAGACCAACAUAUGCAAUAUGAAGACCUGCAAGAAGUUUGUAAAUUAGGAAGAGGUGCCUCUGCCACAGUUUCCAAAGUUGUAAAUAAGAAAACUAAUCAAGUGUAUGCCAUGAAGAGAAUUAAUGUGGAUUUACAGGAUCAAAAACCAAAACUUAUUGUAUCAGAAUUUAAAGCACUGUAUAACUGUGAGUGCCCCUAUGUCAUGACACUGUACGACGCUUACUAUAGACAGGGAUGUAUUUUUAUGAUUCUAGAGUUUAUGGAUUGUGGAUCUUUAGAAGACAUUUUAAAAACUGUAGGAAAAAUUCCAGAGGUCAUACUUUCACGAAUGUGUGAACAAAUGCUGAUAGGGCUCAACUACCUCCAUACUGUUAAAAAGAUAGUUCAUCGUGAUAUUAAACCUGCAAACGUUCUUGUCCACAGUAGUGGAAGAGUCUGUAUUGCAGACUUUGGCAUGUCUGGAAUGGCUAAAUCUCAAAAGUACGUUCAGGCUAUUCAACAAACCGCUAAAUGGGAAACAUUCUGUGGAACGUAUGUUUAUAUGAGCCCUGAAAGGAUAAAAGGUCAGCCCCACUCGUAUGACAGCGAUAUUUGGGCGUUUGGACUGACCGUGGCAGAGAUGUUUUUGGGAUUUUUCCCUUUCAUACUGAGCUCAAGUUCCACCAUUUGGGACAUGAUCAAUCAUUUGGAAAAGACUAACGAAGCUCCAUUUCCUCUUGAGGGUGCUUCAGACGAUUUUAAGGAUUUUGUUUAUUCAACUUUGAGGUUUCACAGAAAAGAGCGACCUUCUGCUGCAUCUCUUCUCUCUCAUCCUUUCAUAACGAAGUACAAGCACAAGAAGCCAUCAUUUGUUGAAAAAUGGCUCUAUUACUCGUACAUCAUUCCAAAACAAUUGGCAAAAGGAAAAACUAUGAUGAAAGCUGAACAAGAUGGUGUUCAUUCGUGUGAGGAUCUUUUAAUUAAGGACACUCUUACCAAUGCAGAGUAG